AUGCUACAGGGACAGGACAGUCACAACACCAGUCACAACACCAGUCAUAACGCCAGUCACACCACCAGUCGCAACACCAGUCACAACACCAGUCACAACACCAUUCACAACGCCAGUCAUAACGCCAGUCACACCACCAGUCACAAAACCAGUCACAACACAAGUUACAACACCAGUCACAACACCAGUUACAACACCAGUCACAACGUCAGUCAUAAAGCCAGUCACACCACCAGUCACAACACCAGUCAUAACGCCAGUCACACCACCAGUCACAACACCAGUCACAACACCAGUUACAACACCAGUUACAACACCAUUCACAACACCAGUCAUAACGCCAGUCACACCACCAGUCGCAACACCAGUCACAACACCAUUCACAACGCCAGUCAUAACGCCAGUCACACCACCAAUCACAACACCAGUCACAACACAAGUUACAACACCAGUCACAACACCAGUUACAACACCAGUCACAACGUCAGUCAUAAAGCCAGUCACACCACCAGUCACAUCACCAGUCAUAACGCCAGUCACACCACCAGUCACAACACCAGUCACAACACCAGUUACAACACCAGUUACAACACCAUUCACAACACCAGUCAUAACGCCAGUCACACCACCAGUCGCAACACCAGUCACAACACCUUUCACAACGCCAGUCAUAACGCCAGUCACACCACCAAUCACAACACCAGUCACAACACAAGUUACAACACCAGUCACAACACCAGUUACAACACCAGUCACAACGUCAGUCAUAAAGCCAGUCAUACCACUAGUCACAACGCCAGUCAUAACGCCAGUCACACCACCAGUCGCAGCAACAGUCACAACACCAGGCACAACGCAAGUCGUUUCCACGGGCAUUUCUCUGCAGCUGUUGCUCGCCAGCUGUGA